UGUAGUGAGACCGGUUUCCCUAGGAUCCGAUUUCUCUCGGGUGAGGGAGAAUUCCACGCCUCAUACCAACGGGAGACUAGACUCGGGAAUUACGGCGCUCUUCCCCCUCCCUCCACAGCCCGGGUGCCCUGCUCGUGCGAUCGCCUCGUCGGUCAGUCCGUCCACUUCUCGGAACUGCUUUCGUUGCAGUUUUAUGGAACACGGUUCGGAAGCCUGGGACCCUCUGGUCGGGAUCAGACCCGGCGCUGGCGCUCUCUUCUCCUUCCCGUCUCUGGAUCCACUGGCUCCUCUUCUGGUCUCCUGCCGCCAGAAGGACCUUUCCUCUUAGCCCAAGUUGAGAGCCUUCGGGGAGCCUACAGACGGAGAGAGGCAGAGGCGAAAACUGCUGCGGGAUCCGCUUGGAUCCGAAUUCUCCCGGCGACUAUGGCAAAUAGAUUCCCACGAAGGGCAGAGUCCGUUAGAGGGAGUCGGGGAGGGCGGAGGGGGAUAUGGAAACAGCCGGAAAGAAAUGACGACACACAGAGCGGGCGGGGACAAUUUACAAUGCUUCCCGCCCGCGCGCUUUGGGUUUUCAAUCUGGUCCGAUGCUCUUGCAUAUGAGGAAAGACGCCGCCCUCGCCGCUCGCAGAGAUCGUGUCUCCGGCCUGCGGCAGUCAUGUCUGGCAGAGGAAAGGGUGGGAAGGGCUUAGGCAAGGGGGGCGCUAAGCGGCACCGCAAAGUCUUGAGAGACAACAUCCAAGGCAUCACCAAGCCCGCCAUCCGGCGUCUUGCUCGGCGUGGGGGAGUCAAGCGGAUCUCGGGCCUCAUUUACGAGGAGACCCGGGGUGUGUUGAAGGUGUUCCUGGAGAACGUCAUCCGCGACGCGGUCACCUACACGGAGCACGCCAAGCGCAAGACGGUCACUGCCAUGGACGUGGUCUACGCGCUCAAGCGCCAGGGCCGCACCCUGUACGGCUUCGGAGGCUAAGCUGCCGCUCCACUUGAACGCCUGACGACCCCAAAGGCCCUUUUGAGGGCCGACCAUACAGUCAGCAGAGGAGCUGGGCCCUUGCGUCAAGUACGACACCAACCAAGCUGGGAGGUAGCUGCACUUGACAGUGGCUCCAGUCAGCUCGGACUUUGACAGCUAGUGGCGCCCAAAGCGCUCACAACCCUCAAAGCCAAAAGCUGCCUCUGGGUUUGUUCCUCCAUCCGAAACGUUCUCCGGGCCCCUGCUGACCCAGGCUUCUUUCUGGCGCGCGCUAUCCUCAUUUGUGGUCGUCGGCCCGGGCUCCGGAGAGAAGAAACCGGCAGAAGGAGGCCAGCUCAGGUUUGUAGUUCAGAGAGGCCACUUGUGCCACCUCAUGGCUUUUAGCCUCGUCAGUUUAUCUGCACCACACUUCACCCCUCUGUUCAAUGGGGUCAGGGACCGGAUGGCUUGAGGGCCCUGUUCAUGUUGGAUACCCUCCUGUGACAUGUCUGCUCACUUCACAAGGUCUGAGCCAGGAGCAAAACAAAUCCAACCAGAAAGCGUUCGAAACUCCAAAGAAAUAAAGAGGCUGUGAGAUCAGAGUGAGCUCGUUAGUGCAGUUUUAAAACAAGUUGGCCCGGCAAAUUGGCCACUGGAUGAAAAGUAUUGAUUGCUGUGUUUUUAGUGUUCAAUAAAAAGCCCUCUCAAAACUGC